AUGGAGAAUCAGACUACAGUAACUGAAUUCAUUCUUCUUGGUUUUCCCAUCAGCAGAGAGGUGGAGCUGCUGUUCUUCCUUCUCCUCCUGCCCACAUAUCUAGUGACACUUCUGGGGAACAUCCUCAUCAUCUGCAUUGUUGUGUCCCACUCAUGCCUCUAUACACCCAUGUACUUCUUCCUCUGCAAUCUCUCCAUCCUGGACAUUCUCUUUACUUCUGUCAUUUCUCCAAGGGUACUUGCCAACUUGGCCACUGGGUAUAAAACCAUCUCCUUUGCUGGGUGUAUCACCCAAUGCUAUUUCUACUUCUUCCUGGGAACAGUGGAAUUUAUUCUACUGACAUCCAUGUCCUAUGACAGAUAUGCUGCUAUCUGUAACCCACUGAGAUAUAGCACCAUCAUGAGUCCUUCUAUGUGCAUUGGGCUAGUUCUUUUCUCAUGGGUAGGUGGUUUCUUGUCUGUUCUUUUUCCCACUAUACUCACUUCUAUGUUGCCCUUCUGUGGUUCCAAUAUCAUUAACCACUUUUUCUGUGAUAGUGGGCCCCUUCUGGCCCUGGCCUGUACAGACACAACCUUUAUUGAGCUAAUGGAUUUCCUGCUGUCAUCCACAGUCAUUAUCUUUUCCAUAAUUCUCACUGGGUAUUCCUAUGUUUGCAUCAUUAUGACCAUUUUACGUAUUCCAUCAGCCACUGGGAGGAAGAAGGCCUUUAACACCUGUGCUUCUCACUUGACCAUUGUUGUGAUGGCUGGAGGCAUCACAGCCUUUAUCUAUGUGACUCCCUCCCAGAAAGAAUCCCUGGAGAUCAACAAAAUACCUUCAGUGUUGAGCAGUGUGGUGGCACCUUUCCUCAACCCCUUCAUCUACACCUUGCGCAAUGACACUGUACUGGGGGUCCUCAGGGAAGUGUGGGUGGGAGUCAGAGCAGUUUUAGUGGGAAGGGGAAGGGAACUGUUGAGCAGAGUGUCCAAGAAAGAUCAUUGA